AUGGCCUCCAUGGCCUUCCAACUGCUCGAAGAAGACGACGAGACGUUCACGGAGGUUCUAGCGCUGUUGGAUGAAUACAACGCCGCAGUCGAAGAGCCUGUACCUCUUCAUAGCUGUACCAAACACUCGUCCCCUUUUAGUCGCGUGUCCGGGAGCGCAGCGUGGGCGGCGUUCGAAGCUGCACACCCGAUCACCAGAACUGCCAGUAAACAUCGCAAUGGAGCGCGCGAAAUGCGACGUCGAGAAGUGCAAUUCCUUCGCACUUGUGCCAAAGGACUCGAAAGGCAGUUGAAUGCGUUGAAAGAGGGGGCGGAGCAGCGCGCACAGAUGAGAAUCGCCACUGCUGGAACGGACGGGUCCUCGGCGCUCACGGGUAUGUGGAAGGACCUGGCGACGCGCCAAUUAGAGCUGAGAUUGGUCUCCGAAAGGGAGAAUAGUCGGCUUCAAACUGCUCUGGAAGACCAGAAAAAGCUGCGUGAAAUGCUCGAGCGAGCACUAAACACCCGAGUCGCGAAACGGGUGAUGGAGACGAGCUUAACACCAGAGAAGAGGACAACACGAGUGCAUGGAGUGGCGUUAGAUGCAUCGGAUCAAGAGAUUUUCCAGGAGUUGGAACUUGGCGUGGAUUCUGUGUAUCACGAGGCGGCUCGAGUGUUUCUUCAAGCGGAUUCAGGGGAUGGUUCCACUUUGGGAGGUGUAUUUGGAGAGAAGACACUGCCAUUCAACCUUCGGACUACGGCAGACGCUGCGUGGCGAUGUUUGGCACAGGCUUUUCACCACGAGAAGUACAAUUUCUCCUACAGUCGUGAAAGGAGGAAAAACGACUCAGGAGAUGUGGCACACGACGACACGGUUGGCGAGAGCUUUGGUGUUGAGAUCAAAGCUCCAGAACGGAUGGCAGAUUUUAGAAUCAAGCAGAUUUUCCGUCGUUUUGAAGAAUCUGACCGAGUCGUGAUCGCGUGGAGAUCGUACAUCGACCCAGCGGAGUUCAAAGGCCAGAAGCUGGACGGUUUCCGCUUCCAGGAGAAAGGUUCAUGUGUCGUUCGGCAUCCGACGAUGUUGCCAAAUGAUCAACUAACUGUGCUGCGUAUCUGGCACAUCAUCACUCCAGAGAGUCAAACUAACUCGGAAAUGGGCUCGGAGUUUGUCCAGGACCUUACGGAUUUUGUGCUCAGUGGAUCAUCAUCGGCAAACACAGUGCAAAUGAUCGAAAACGCGCUCAUUGACGCGCAAUCUCCUCGAAGUUGCAGCAAUUUUGGGUACGAAGAACUUGUUUGA